GAGAGAAGAGCCCUUUGCCGUGUUGUGUCAGGAAGAAAUGGAAGCUGGCAAUGCACGAAUUUGAUCAUUCAGAGAUCCGAACAGUUGAGUCUGUGAAUGGCGCCAAAACAGGACCCUAAACCUAAAUUUCAAGAAGGUGAAAGAGUUCUGUGUUUUCAUGGGCCAUUGCUUUACGAAGCAAAGGCAGUGAAAACCAAUAUCAAGGAGAAGCAAAUUAAGUACUUCAUUCAUUACAGUGGAUGGAACAAAAACUGGGAUGAAUGGGUUCCUGAAAGCAGAGUUCUCAAAUAUGUGGACAGCAACCUGCAGAAACAAAAAGAGCUUCAAAAGGCUAAUCAAAAUGCCGACGACGACUCGAAGAUGGGAGAACAUAAAAAGCAUUAUGAUGUGGAGGGAAAGAUGAGGGGUGUAGCACCGAGCAAGAAGAUUGCUGCUGUGCAGCAGAAAAAUGUUGAUCUGCCCAUUUGUCUUUGUGCAGCACCAGCGGCUGGAGAAGGUACCAGCACAGGAGAGAUGCCACAGCCACCGCGGAAGAAGAGGGCUCGUUGCGACCCAACUGUGGAGAGUGAGGAGACGUUCAUCAACCGUGUGGAGGUCAAGGUGAAGAUUCCUGAGGAGCUGAAGCCGUGGCUGGUGGAUGACUGGGACCUUAUUACCAGACAGAAGCAGCUUUUUCACCUGCCCGCGAGAAAGAAUGUGGAUAGUGUCUUGGAGGACUAUGCAAGCUAUAAGAAAUCAAGAGGAACUUCAGAAAGCAAGGAGUAUGCUGUGAACGAGGUGGUGGCAGGGAUCAGGGAGUACUUCAAUGUCAUGCUGGGCACUCAGCUGCUCUAUAAGUUUGAGAGGCCCCAGUAUGCAGAGAUACUGGCGGAUCACCCCGACACGCCCAUGUCCCAGGUCUACGGGGGCCCACACCUGCUCCGGCUUUUUGUGAGAAUUGGCUCCAUGCUUGCCUACACUCCCCUGGAUGAGAAAAGCCUGGCUCUGCUGCUCAACUACCUGCAGGAUUUUCUCAAGUAUCUAAUGAAGAACUCCUCCCUCUUCAGUGCCAGCGACUACGAGGUGGCGCCCCCAGAGUACCAUAGGAAAGCCGUCUGAGAGGAAGGUGCAGUGGGGAGAGGGGCGAUCGACCCAUUCGGAAACACCAAGCCUCUUCCAGACAACAUGGAACCAUCUCAAACCCGUUUGAGUGGAAAGCUGGACUGGAUUUUUAUUUUUUUCCACUUGAACUAUUUCUGGAGGUUCCCUGGAGUCGGUUAUGUCUUUUGGAGCAGUGGCAGCUUUUAAGAUAUAUAAAGUGUUUUUCUUUCUUUCCCACCGGGUACGUAACACAAGCGAGACGGGCAUGUUUUUCCUCCCAAUAUCGGGGACUUUUUACCCUGAACAGCUCUGUAAUGUUACUGUGCAUUUCAUCGGAUCAUUUUUCCCUCUGUUUUCACCUCAACGACUUUGCAUGUGUUGAAUUAUGGAUAUUUGAUGCUAACCACAAUUUGUGCAACGCAAUCAGAGUUGAAAUGUCUUUGGUGGGAUACAUUAGCUGUGUAAUGGUUGGCUAUCAUUUUGUAAUAAAGAUGUUUCUACACAAGU